AUGCGGGCCCAGGCGGCGGCGGCAGAGGGCGGCGUCCGGGCGCUGCGCUGCCUCGUGGCGGCGGCGGGGCUGCUGGCGGCGCUGAGCGCGGCCGGCACCGUCUUCCUGCUGGGCCAGUGGCGGGAGCUGAGCGCGGCCGUGCGCCAACUGCAGCAGGACGCGGCGCUUCGACCGCCCUCGGAGCCGCCACCGCCUUCGGAGCCGGCCUUGGCCAGCGCGCUGUUGCGGCACCGGGCCGAGCAGCCCACCGCCCCGUCGGGCAGCGACCCCACGGCUACGGCGGGCAGGAGGAAGCGGAGCCAGCGGGGCCGCGGCUGUGGCAAGCUGCGCGGGGCGGAGAACGACGACGCCUUCCUGCUGAUGAGCUACUCCGUGGUGCCGGUAGGGGGCACUCUGGGCUGGCUGCCCUCUCCCAAGGUCCGAGUGAUGUUGGAGCUCUGCAAUGGCACCAAAGGACUAUGUUUAACAGGGUCCCCAGGAUUGCCAGGUCCUCCUGGUCUUGAUGGAAUGCCUGGUUUUAAUGGAUCUGAUGGAAUUCCUGGCAUUCCUGGGCAAAAGGGAGAACCCGGAAGACGAGGGAAACCAGGACCAAAAGGUGACCCUGGAGAGAAAGGAGAAAAAGGAGAUCCUGGUGAAAUUGGCUUACCUGGGAAAAAUGGGACACCAGGAGAAAAAGGAUCGAGAGGGGCCAAAGGGGAUAAAGGCGAAGCGAGCAACGAUUUAACAGCAGAAGGUGUGAAAGGCGAGCCGGGGCCUCCGGGACCCACUGGCCCUCCUGGUCCCCAAGGGCCUCCAGGACCUCCAGGGCCUCCAGGGAGACGAAAAGCAAAAGCCGAGGUUCAGGAGAACAUGUUCAGUACCCAGUGUGUAGGGGAGACGUGUGCAGUUCCAAAUGAUGAUACUCUGAUAGAAAAAGUGGAAGAAAAGGCAGACCUCUAUCAUCGCAAAAAAUCAGACUGCAUCAUAAAGUCAAUAGGAAGCCCUGUCGAGAUUAAGAAGGUGAAAGAGACUUUUGGAGUAUGGAUGAUGGAUGCCGCAAACCACAGCGACGAGCGGAUUUGGAUCACAGAACAUUUUACAGGCAAAAUGGUAAAAGAAUAUGCUGACAUGGCCGCCUUGCUGAACGACAGCUACGAAGUCAUCGAGCUGCCGUGGCACUUUUACGGAUGCGGCCACACUGUCUAUAAUAACGCCGUAUACUAUCAGAAAAUAGGGACCAAUAACAUUGUGAAAUUCGACCUGAUGACAAAGUUGUCCGAAACCCUCAUGCUAGAGCAAGCCUGGAGCCACAUGCGCCAUUACCUCUUCGCCUACUCGAAAACCUACUUCAACAUCGCCGUGGAUGAGAUGGGAUUUUGGGUGAUGUACGUGGAGAGGUUCCAUGAAAACAUCAUGGUGGCCUACGUGGAAGAGGAGAAGUUUUCAGUGCUGCUGAACAUCAACACCACGUUCCCGAAGUCCAAAGCUGGCAAUGCCUUCAUUGCCUGCGGGGUGCUCUACGUCACCGACAAGGAUGACUCUUACGUGACGUUUGCUUUCGACUUGCUGAGCGAAAAGCAGGUCGAUGCCAGUUUCGAGCUGAAACGGAGCCCGUCCAACCUGGCCAUGCUCACCUACAACCCGAGAGAUAAACACCUUUAUACCUGGGAGAAGGGCUCGCUGAUGCAAUACCCCGUCCAUUUUACCAGCUGAGCUCAUCCUGUUGGAAACUAUCCAUCGCUCAGCCUGUCUUGGCCUCUGUUAAGCCAUAAUUCAGAGCAGAGA